GAUUACGGUAAAGCAGUGCCAUAACAAUCGCUGUGGCGGCUGGUUGGACUUGAACGCAGGCUGUUGUCGAGCCGUUUAGUAGGUACAGUCCAGUAUGUCGGGCUUCAAAGUGAUGAGAGCAAUUCGAGUGAGUCAAUUCGGAGAGCCUUCUGUCCUCAAACUAUGCGCCGAUGUGAAAGUUCCACAGCCUGGAAGCGGACAAGUGUUAAUCCGUGUCCAUGCAUGUGGAGUGAACCCUGUGGAAACCUACAUCCGAGCUGGAACCUACGCCCGGAAGCCCCCACUUCCGUACAUACCUGGCACCGACGUGGCCGGCGUGGUCGAAAGUAUUGGCGACGGCGUCACGGCAGUGAAGGCAGGGGAUCGUGUUUUUACCACAUCCACCCAGUCCGGAGGCUAUGCGGAAUUUGCCGUUGCCGCAGAUGAGAGCGUCUACAAGCUGCCCGAUUCUUUAGAUUUCAGCCAGGGAGCGGCCAUCGGCAUCCCAUACUUCACUGCCUACAGAGCUCUGGUUCACAAGGCCCAUGUAAAGGCUGGAGAGACCGUCCUCGUCCAUGGAGCCAGUGGAGGGGUUGGUCUGGCAACGUGUCAGCUCUCCCGCAUGCUGGGCCUCAGAGUGAUGGGGACUGCCGGGACCCAACAGGGAAUGGAGCUUGCGGCCAAGAACGGAGCUCACCUGAUGUUUAAUCACCGAGAGAAGGACUAUAUCGGCAAAAUUAUGGAUGCCACAGAAGGCCAAGGAGUAGAUGUGAUUGUGGAGAUGUUGUCGAACAUCAACCUGAACAGCGAUCUCCAAAUGUUGACGUUUGGAGGACGCGUCGCGAUUGUGGGCUCCAGAGGCUCCAUCGAAAUGAACCCCAGAGACACAAUGGCCAAAGAGAGCAGCAUCAUAGGAGUGUCACUCUUCUCUGCCACACUGGCGGAGAGGAAGGAGUGCGCGGCGCUGCUCUUUGCCGGGAUGGAAGCUGGUCGGCUGCGUCCGGUUGUCGGUGAGCAGUAUCGACUGGACCAGGCUGCUCAGGCCCACCAUGACAUCAUCCAAUCUCGAGGGGCCACCGGGAAGAUGGUGCUCACCAUGUGAUCACCAAACCCAACUGUAGGAAGAAGCACUUUUCAUGACACAACCUCCUCUCCUCUCGGGUGACAUCCGAUGCGACCGAGCGUGCGCCACUGUAGCUUCGGUAACCGAAGCUCCACGUACACACGGACAGCCCACGUUCCGGGAGAUGGCCCUCACUCUUCCUGACCGAUCGCUCCCCUUUCUUAUUGCUUAACGUAUGUCCGUGGAACAUAAUCAGGGGCGAUGGCGCUACGCCGUCACAUCAUCAGGUGAGUUUACGUCCUCCCCGCUGCCCGGCCCGGUGGUUGUGGAUCCCUGCUAUAUGCAGUCACAAUGGAUGGAUGGACGUGUUUUAAAUAUGGUUCGGCUACCAAUGAAUGCAAAAGCUCAAAUAAAUAAUCAAA